AUCCGACGAUCGCUGUCAGAACGUGCCAGGGGGCGGAGCGACUCUUGCCUCUGGCCCGGUCAGGGAAGAGGGUCUCCGGUUCUGGAAAUCUAGUCCUUGUGGAGAAUGCUUCGCUGGUGAAAGAAAAGUUUUGGGGUCUGGUAGGGGGCGGAAGGGGUAAGGAGGAUAGUGGAAGAAAGAAGGUGGAUGGUUGGUUUCCCUCUCUGAUCUGGAAGGAAUGAUGACCGAGGAAGGAUGUGCACCAGCGGCCAGAUUAUUGGGAGCCUCUUGGUGCUCUCUGUGCUGGAGAUAGGGCUGGGGGUGUCCAGCGUGGCCGUGGGGGCGGUCAGCUUCAGCCUGGCCCUCCGAGAGCACAAGCCGCAGCUCGGAGACUCGUCCCCGGUAUGGAGCGGGGUGUGUUUUCUUCUUUGUGGCAUAUGUGGAAUAUUGUGCGCCAAAAAAAAAUCUGGACUUGUCAUGAUCCUUUUUUCUGCCUGCUGCAUCUGUGGACUCAUUGGGGGCAUCCUGAACUUUCAGUUCCUGCGGGCAGUGACGAAGAAGACCUCUUCCCUCUAUCCUCUGCAUCUCGCCUCCAUGUCUCUCGCGUGCAUUGGGAUUGGUGGCUGCACCCUGUCUUCCUGGCUGACGUGUCGACUAGCCAGCUACGAGCAGAGGAGGAUGUUCUCUGAAAGGGAGCAUUCGCUGCACCACUCUCAUGAAAUGGCCGAGAAAAGAUUGAGGGCUAUUGAAAUAACCGACUUGCCCAGCUGCCCGGUGGUGCCCCCGACACCAGAGUUACCUACAAGGAAAUGACAGACAACAUGAGCAACGGAGGACCACAACUGAUAUUUAAUGGAAGAGUAUAAUCAAUGUUUUAAAGAACUGAACAUUUUUUAGGAUUUUCAUGAGGAAAGGAAAUACCAAAGGACUAGGAGAUAAAAUUAAAACAGUUCUUGCAUUUGCUGUUAUCUCUCUUGAGCACCCACUGUAAUUAUUCUCCCACAGUUUUGCCUCAUUUAUUUCUUCAGCUUUUUUAUUGGGUGAAGCCUUCAGUAAUGCAGUAAUUUUAGCAGAAUUUCCAGAUUGUUCUAAAGACUUUUCAGGAAAAAAAAAAAAAGAGGAAUAAGCAGAUUCAUAUUCUACAAAACCACUAUUUGACUAGCAUGAGUGUUAGAUUUGUAAUGAUAUAUUUCAUAUAAAUAAUCAAAAGUACAAAUAUCAAGAAGUAACAAUAACCUACUGAUGUCUUUGUUUUGAAAGACAAUGGCUUCAUGAAUACCACAAUUCAAAACCUCAGCAAUGCCUUGUUGUAAAAACAUUAUAAUUAUUUCCAAUUUGUGAAUGAACUAUAUUUCAUAAUUUAUUUGUAAAUGAUAAAAAAAACCAAAAACAUAAACAAGAAUUUUUUUAGAGAGAGACAAUGCUAAUCUGUAUAAUAUUUUUGCAUUUUUGCACAAGAGUGAAAAAUUAUAAAUGAACAUCAUUUAAGGAAAAUAAAUAUGCUUUCAUUAUACCGUGCAGAUUGAUCUGCAUGUUCGUGAAUGAGCCUAAGAAUAAAAUAAAGUGUGUGUGUGUGUGUGUACAUACACUGUAAAUAUAGAAAAUAUAUACAGCAUAUAUUUAUAGCAUUCAUGAAUGUAAAUAGGUAGUCAAAAAGAAAUUAUAAUACUGUUGGGAUAUUAUCAAGAUUCUAUCCCCAAAGAUAUGGGAAAGCAAUUUUUCAAGGCUUUUAUAUGCCCACAAAAUCACACAUUUUAUUUCUACUAAAUUUGUUCAUUUUUAUUCUUUUUAUUAUGUCUGCUGUGUGUAAAUUUCAUUCCGACUGACAUUUAUGGAGUUGAGAUAUCUGAAUAGGGUAGUAUAAAGAUAGAUUACUUAUUUGGCUAUUUUACUUUUAGGGUAUUUAUGUAAUAACAAUGAUCAAUACUGAUUUAUAAACAUAACAACUUUAAAUCACAUACUUCCACCUUAUAAAUAUAAACAUAAUGACUUGUGAUUAUUCAUGAUACUUAUAUUUCAACACCUUACAGCCCCGAUGAUGUAUGCCCAAAAAGUAAAGUUAUAAUUAGCUUUGGUAGAACUUAAUUUAGUUUUUUUUAACUUUGUAAUUUACAUGAAACAAUACAGACCAUUUUUAAAAAUACAUUUAUUCAAAGAACCUGAAAGAGUUCUUUGUAGAAGGAAAUAGGCCUACAUUUAUAUAGCUAGAUUUAAAUCUUCCAUAAUGGAAUGUUAAAAUAGAAAUCUAUGACAAAAUGAAUAGGCAAGAAAAUAGCAUAGUCUUUGACAUAUUUAUGAGAAUAAAACCUCUGGUAAUAGAUUUUAAAAAUGUAAUAUUUUAAAAUAUGUUAUUCUCACUGUAUUGUAUACUUUUAUUUUUUCCCCAAAGCUAGUCAGUUUUCAAGUCAUUUUUAUGAGUUACUUAUUGAGCCAUAGGUAAAUUGAACCUUUAAUGUUCAGGAUGAGAACAUGUUAUAAUUUAGAAACAAAAUAUGGGUUUUAAUUAUAACAAAAUAAUAAUUCUAGUUAAUGGAAAUCUGAAGGUAUUUUAGUUUUAGAGCAACAUGAUCAUCACCUGCCCCAUUUAAGUCAACUCAUAAGAAAAUUCUGGCUGUAUAUAAUCAAAAGAAAUAACUGAACUAUGGUUGGUGUAGUGUUUGAAGUCUUCUAACUCAUAUGAAUAACUUCUUUAUCCAGCACAUUACAAAAGUUGCCCAUAAAUGCAACCUCAAUAGUGAAUCAACAUUAUCACUGUUCUAUUGAUGCCACAAACAGGCAUAAUCAUUGUCACUGAAAAUAUAAACUAUACAAUGCAGAUAUUUUGUAUAUAUCUGGCUCUACUGAAUUUACACAAGGAUGUAGUUUUGUACUGAAGGAAUAACCACUGACUCUAAUUUUAGGUGGCAUUUCUUUGUAGACAUGUUUGUAUAAUACAGAGUUAUAAUACACCAGUAAGAUGUUUUAAUGCCUUUUGAAAUAAUCUAUGAAAUCACCCAUCAAAGGACAAAAGUAAGCAUCUCAUUGCUUUGAUAUAGAGUUACGAAGAGAUGCUAUCAUUACAAUUAUCCACAUAGUCUACAGUGUAUAUAACCAAGUAUAGAUAUGUCUUUAAAUGUAGUUAUUUUAACCCAGUAUUUUCAGGGCUCAGUUAUUUAGAGGGAUUUAUUUGUGAUUUAUAGCGAUUCUUUCUGAAUUAAACAGGGGAAGUUAGGAAGACAUUGUUCAAGUACCUGAAAAUUUAAUUUUCACAAUAAAUUGAGCUAUGAACUAGAACAUUUUAAGUGACUGCAUUACAGUUUUAGUAUGAGCCUACCCUUGGGAGAAAGUAAGUUAGGAAAAAAAUAUGUGAAACUAGUGUGGUGGUGUGCUAUAGAGACUAGCUACAAAAAGAUGCAGUUAUUAGAAGCAUAAAAGAAUAAAAGUGGACUCUGGAAAAUUUUAAACACAUAUGUGCAUAUAUGUAUAAACACACAUACACGCAUAUAUAUACAAUCGUUUAGAAGUGGAACAUGGUAUGAUGACUCUAUGGAUAUGUCUAUGUAAUAAAACGGUGUGCUUUGAAACUA